AUGACGACGAAGGGAAGCUGCAUGUGCGGCUCCGUAAAAUAUGAGUUUACCGGUACACUGGUUUCCUCCCCUUUCGCAUCCAGUUGCUUCAAGGCCAUCUGCCACUGUACCGAUUGUCAAAAAUGGUCUGGCGGUGCCUACACCACCAACGUCGGUGUACCACGCACAUCAUUCACCCUCCUCUGCGGCAAAGACCAUUUAAAGACCUACGACGCCACAGGCGACUCGGGAAAAAUCAACAAACAUUACUUCUGCAGCAACUGCGGAAGCUCGCUGUACACAGAGCUGGAAGUCGUGCCAACCAUGAUGUUCAUCAAAGCCGGUGGACUGGAUGGUGGGAAGGCUGAUUUGGGGAGCGUGGAUGUGGAGUUGUAUGUCAAGGAUCGAGUUGGGUUUUUGGGUGAGGUACAGGGGGCGAAGCAGGAUCCCAAGAUGGAAUACUGA